AUGACAAAGGUAUAUAAUACAGAAUUUAAAGAAGCAUUAAGAGAAAUCGCACAAAGAGUAGCGUACUUCAAUUCACCUCACGGUAACCUCAACAAAAUUUCUACACUUUAUAUUAGAUCUUUAUAUUUAUCGAUAUAUUUUAGUCAAAAUAAAAAAACAAAAAAAAACAAAAAUGCAAUAGAUCGUGUUAGAAUCGUCGAGUGGAGUCGCCGACUCGCUGGAAUUCCAGACGAAAGUGACGAAGGAAUUAAAAAUCGUAACGACUAUGUACAAUUGUUGAAGAUAAUGACACGCGGUGGUCGUUUGCAUGGGAUUUUUCUCGACCCACCACCAGAUAACGACGAGAUACCAUCAUUGGCUGAAUCAAUGUGUAACUUUUUAUGUAGCAAAUGUAAAGACCUACCGAAUGCUGGUCCAUUGGAACCAAUCAUAUCGAGAAAAACACCAGACGGUUGUGCUUAUAUCUCUUUACGAAAGAUUGAAAAUAAGGGGAUUUUGUGUUAUCUAGCGGUUAGUCCCGACGGAUUGACCAUGCCCAAGAAAGAACAAUAACCAUAUGUAAAUACGCUCCAAGAAAUUAAAGUCUUUACGAAGGAUUUUGUGAUAUUAAUCAUAAAAGACAAUAAAAAAAAUAAUGACUUUGCAACGUUACAUAGAUAUCGAAAAUGAAGUCAGAACGAUAUAGUGAGAUUGUAAUUCGAUAAAAAAAAAAAAGAAAUUAAAUCUCUAAUACCAUAUAAUCUCUAAUACUAUAUAAUCUCUAACACUAUAUAAUCUCUGAUACUAUAUACUUCUUUAUAAGCGCGGAAUAUCGAAGAUAAUAAUGGAAAAGAAAAAAAGAAAUAAAAAGAAGAUAAAUAAAGUGAGAUUGAUUUAUUUAACUUUG